AUGGAGAUUCUUUGUGAUCUGAAUUCCAGCUUGUAUGUGGUGUGCUGUUAUGGGAACGAAAUCACAAGGUCGGGUGAUGGAAAACUUUACUACAAUAUACUGCUGGAGAAGUGUUGUGGGGGUAGUUUGGCAAGUCGGAUCAGGAACUCUGGUGGGGUUGGAUUACCGGAGAAUGAGGUGAGGUGCUAUACCCUGGAUAUAGUUCGAGGACUGUGUUAUAUUCAUGACCAUGGUUAUGUCCACUGCGACUUCAAACUAGAUAAUAUCCUACUUGUGAUGACUUGUUGCAAUGGUUUGAGAGCAAAGAUCGGUCAUCUUGGGUUGGCCAAGGAAGCCUAUUAUAACCCUGUAGAUGAGGAUGAUGAUGAUGAGGGAUGCAGUGGGAUGAGAGACAUAUGGGCACUUGGUUGCAUCGUGAUAGAGAUGAUGAGGGGGAAGCUGAUGACAACUGAGAUAACAGAUGUUGAGGAUGUAGGAACAUGGGGAGGUAAUAUAGAGAAAAUCUUUAUUGACAUCAUGGCACACCCAAAUGCAAAAAGAUUCCGCUCAAAGGGAUGCCCAAACUACAACUUGUUGGGAUUGAUCUUUAAUCCAUCAACAGCAACCGGUGCCCCCCACUACUCUUCCACCCAAGAUCCCCCAAACACUGAUGAUGAGGAUGAGAUGGAUGACAAUUUGGAAUAUGGUGGAGUGCAUGUGGAUGUAGAUACUGAGAUCCCUAAUGAUCCUCCAUAA